AUGGGGCCCCAGCAACCUACACCUCGGAUACGCAACACCUCCCAGAAUGUCCAACUUACAUAUAACCUUCCCCACCGCAUCCACGAUGUAAAGACAUAUCCAGUGCUCUCCCCGCAGGGAGCAACCAUUUUGCUUCAUGCCCACGAAAACGGUGUCAGGAUUCUCUGGCGUGGCGGGAAACGGUUCAAGCCCACCAAGAAACCUGCCACACCACCACAACAAGAACUGAAAAACGGCAGCGCCGAUGUCAUCAUGCUUGAUUCAGACGACGAAGAAUCUGUCCCCAAGGCCAAAGACCCAGCCCCGUUUAUCGAUAAGCCCGAGUUCGAGGGCGAUGCUGCCGACGGCCCUUACCCGGAUAUCGUCCAGACGCUCGACCUGUCCCUGGGCGCCCCGGCCCACCACCUCGCCGUUCCGCAGUUGACUCCCUGCUCUCCCGAAGACGUGGGAGGCCCUGGAGCCGACCUCCUACGAGAUAGGAUGGUAUUUGCCGUCUCCUGCACAACCUCCGAUCUCUACCUCCUUUCUCUGCCGUUGACGCCCCCGAGCCCCGAGAGUAAGGCGAGGCCCGACCUGCGAUCCAGCCUGCUCACCGCCACCGCGGGGUCCGGCUCGUGGGGAGAGACCGUGACUCUGCUCACAGGUCAGUCGAAGCAGAGCAGUGGCAUCGCCUUGACCUUUGCGAAACCAGAGAAAGGCUCCACCGUGCCGGACCGCGCGGAAGACCAAGCCGGCUCGUCUGAUUCCGUACCCCAGCCACAUCUCAUCGUCGCCUCUCAUAACCGGGAAGCCACAGGUGUCCUGCGUUUCUGGGACGUCCCUCUGAACCCCCGGACGGGCAAGGCCGACAGUGGUCGUGUCAAACCAUUUCAGACCGAACUCCUUCCGAGUCCUCUGACCGGGAUUUCUUUCAACCCGGCAAACUUGUCGCAACUCCUCGUCGUUGCUUCCAUCUACCCCGUACGGAUUUACGACUACGCCCUCCCUUCCCUGCCGUCCGACGACCAAGCGACUGGUCUAUUCCCUUCCAAGGGCUCGUGGCUUCUCUCCUUGUAUCAGCCCUUCGUGCGCCCCACGGGGACUAGGAAACCCAUGCUCGACGCAGCCUGGAUCGCCCAUGGACGUGCCAUAUUUGUGCUCAUGGCCGACGGCACAUGGGGCAUAUGGGACGUGGAGGGUGCGAGUCCGCUAGGUGCCACCAUCCUGGGCAAGCAGAGCUCUGGCAUACAAGGCGCUGCACUCACCAAGUUCAGCGUAACCGGUCACGUGGAAGGCACAAGCCCCCUGCGCGGUGCCAAUGCCGGUUCGAAGCCGGGUGGGGAUUUUGUCCCCAUGACGCCGCACACUCGUCGGGAUGCGGCCGCGUCGCUCAGUGCCGUCACCGCGCCCGAACGCCUGGCCAGCGUCAGGGGCGGCGUCGUGGUAACUCCCUUGCCCGCGAUAAGCUCCGGCUCGGGAUCCGGGGACGAAAGCGUCGUGCUGUGGAUCGGCGGCCUCGACAACGUUUCCGUCAUCCCCGCCGUGUACCGCUUCUGGGACGCCCAGCUGCGGAGGAGCGCAGGCGGCGGCGUGAACCUGUUCAGCGGCACGGUCCCGACGCGGAUGAUCCGUCUGCAGGACCUGAGCACCGGCCUGCUCGGGGAACAUUGCUGCGGCGUCGGUGCGGCCGUCAACUUUGCGAGACUCCAGGAAAACGACGGCGGCCUUCGCGUCGAAGUCCUUGUCCAGGGCGAGACGCGCCUCGUCAUUGUCCGAGAGGCGGAAGAGGGCGCGACGGGGGGGGCCAAGGCUACCGGCAGCAUCGUAUCGACGAGGCGCCGGCUUUUCAGCGACCGAGGCGGCGCUCCGACCGAGCCGCCCUCGGCUAUCACCGUACAUCCGCGACCCGACAAGCCCAGGAACGUGUCUUUCAACCUCAGCGUCAGCAAGAGACGGAGCGUGCGUGGCCUGCGAUCAGGUGGCCCGGGCAGUGUCGAUCGUACCGGCAUGCACGAGGAUGGGGACCAGACGCACGACUUUACGCUCCCCAUCGGCCGGCCCAGGUCGGCCUUUGGUUUCGCUGACCUUGAUGCGGCCGCCGACGUACAGGAUGAUGUCGAGGGUCGCGAUAUCGAGGCCGAGAUGCUGGAUAUCAUGGAGAUCGACCGCGCAUUGGAAGACAUGGAGGAUCACAGGGGUAGUGGACGGAAGAAGGUCUUAUUCGAGGAAUCAUGA